CCUUUCAUAAACAAGUUUCAAUAUUUACUGUAUUAUAUUUUAUUAACGCAUAUUAUGACAAAUGUAAUUGGAAAAAAUGCCCAAGUGUUAUCAAACUAGACGAAUAACGUUAUCAGCUUGCCAUCGACUCCACAGCCCUCACUUAUCGGAUGAGGAAAAUAAAAGAGUUUAUGGAAAAUGUAACCAUAUUAAUGGCCAUGGACACAAUUACAUAGUCAAAGUAACCCUUUUUGGUGAAAUCAGUCCUACAACUGGAAUGCUUAUGAACCUUACGGAUCUAAAACUCUACAUGGAAGAAGCAAUCAUGAAACCAAUGGAUCACAAAAACAUUGAUAAGGACAUCGAAUAUUUCAGAGACAAACCUAGUACAACGGAAAAUGUAGCUGUUUUUAUUUGGAAACGAAUGAAAGACGUUAUGGAUCAUCCAGAGUGGCUUUUUGAGGUGGAAAUAUAUGAAACUGAGAAUAAUAUUGUAAGAUAUAGAGGAGAUUGAGAAUCUUAAUAAAUACUUUUCCUAUUCAA